GUUAAUUAUGGUCAAUGACAAAAUAAUCAAAGCAAAAGUAUUAUGGAUCAUCAUGUCUACAUACUAAAAUGGAAAGGUUAUGGGGAUAGUAAGCUCCUAAAAUUCAUCAAAGAUUCAUAAAUUUAUUGGAGAGAGAAAAGGUUGAAUAUGAUGAUAAAAGGAGAGAUGGGGGUGGGCUCUUAGUCUUCUUCAUCUUCUUGUUCAGUACAAAGUACUUGUUUAUAAUAAACAGACAAAAGUAGUUAAGCCUUUGAAAAGAUAAAGAUAAAAAAAAAAAAUUGAUUGUCCUCAGGAGAAAAAGGAAUUCAUCAACCAUGGCAUCUUCUUCAUCAAAUGAAAAGACAAGAAAGUUCAAAAGAAUAUGUGUGUUCUGUGGAAGUAGAGCUGGAUACAAAUCUUCGUUUAGUGAGGCUGCUCUUGAGCUUGGUAAAGAACUGGUUGAGAGAAAUAUUGAUUUGGUUUAUGGAGGAGGAAGUGUAGGGCUAAUGGGAUUGAUCUCAAAAACUGUCUUUAAUGGAGGUUGCCAUGUUCUUGGAGUGAUUCCUAAAGCUCUCAUGUCCCAUGAGAUAUCAGGAGAGACCAUUGGAGAAAUAAAAGCAGUUGCAGACAUGCACCAAAGGAAGUCUGAAAUGGCAAAACAUGCUGAUGCAUUUAUAGCACUUCCUGGUGGAUAUGGAACAAUGGAAGAAUUGUUAGAGGUGAUAACUUGGUCUCAGUUAGGAGUACAUGAGAAACCAGUGGGAUUGUUGAAUGUAGAUGGGUAUUAUAACAGCUUGAUAGCCUUGUUUGAUAAAGGAGUUGAAGAAGGUUUCAUUCAUGAUUCUGCAAGACAAAUUGUUGUCAUGGCACACACUGCAGAAGAACUCAUCAACAAGAUGGAGGAGUAUGCACCAAUUCAUGAGAAAGUUGCACCAAGACAAAGCUGGGAACUGGACAAAUUAUUGGAGCCUACUUCAGGUGGGGAACCUUAUAAAGAUCUUAGAUCUUGACCAUAAUAAUGGUCUAUGUGUAUAAGAUACAUCAAUAUUAUUGCACUUUUUUUUCACUUUAAUUCAUCAAAAAAGAAAACGACACCACAACAUUGAUCUCUAUCUCUCUUUCCCAACUUCCCAAGAUCCCAAAACUUAAUCUCCUAUUUCUAUAUUCAUAGUCAAAUUUGAAUCAAUUCAAUAGUGGAAAGAUCAAUCCUUCAACACUAGCGAAAACAAUAUUUUCUUUCUCCCCUUCUUGUGGACAAAGUUGGUGGGGUGGGCAAAAAGGAAGGAAGAAAUAUAUAUGGAUGGUGGUUGUUAUGUGGGUUAAGGAAGCUCUGAUGUGUGUAUUGGCCGAUGCCUUUGGAUUUUAGGUUGAUUGUUGACUGUGGAUUGGACCCCCACUCUAUAAUUGAGUCCUUUGUUUCUUGGUGCCUUUGCGUUUGUGACUGUGUUCA